GGGGCUGGCGCCGCUGUUCGCGGGCGCGCGGCAGGCUCAAGAUGCUGAGCCGUUUAUCAGGUUUAGCAAAUACUGUUUUACAAGAGCUAUCAGGUGAUGGAGCAGAUGCAGUUAUUGAAUCCUCUACCACAGUACAAGUUUUAGAACCAGGAACAGAAAUCAUGGAGGAGACACCUGAGGACAUGCUAGAGCGCCUAGCUCAAACAGAAAAACUAGUUGUCCAGCUGAAGGAUUUGGUACGAGAAAAGGAUUCUCUGCUCCAGCAAAAAGAAACUGUACUCAAGGAAGAGCGGGAGGCUGCAGAUGCUAAACUGAUGAAGCUGAAGCUUCAGGCCAAAGCCAAACUGGCAUCUCUGAACAAACGCAUUGAGGAGCUGACAGAGAAAGGAUCAUCGUUGCCUGUGCAGACCUUGUCAGAAGAGCAGAUCUGUCCCAAGUGUCGGAACAACGAAAAUACAGAUGAAGGGCUUGUGGAGGAAGCUGCAACACUGAAAAAACAGCUCAGAGAGCAGGAGGAGACUGUUAAGGAACUGAAGGAACAGCUGGCUUUAGCUAAAGUGAAUCUGGAAGAUGUUGAAAACAAAUAUGCUACACAGGUCAGCUCCCUGCAGGAGGUGAUUCAAGAGAAAGAAGCUCUCCUAGAGGAGCAGGUUAACCACCAAACUGAAUUGCUCAGGACUGUGGUCCAGUCAGAUGUGGAAGUGGAGAUGCAGCAGAACCUCAGUAGCCUUCAGAGGAAGGUAGAGGAACAAGAAGCAGCCUUGCUAGGAAGGACUCAAGUGGUACAACAGCUGCAGCAGGAAUUACAUGAUGCUGAACAACAAAAGCAGGCAUUCCUAGAACAGUGCCAGAAGAUGGAAGUGGAGCUAAACUCCGUGAAGGACAUGCUAAAUGCAGAGCGACAAGAAUUUCAGAACCUCAAGGAGAAGAUGGAGUUGGAACUAGCUGAGAGGAAAUUGACCUCCCAUCGCUUGCAGGAUGAGGUACAGGAGCUCUCAGGAGAACUGGAACAGGCGAGAAGAGUGCAUGCUGAAUUAGAAGUGAAAUACAGAGAUCUAGAGCAGAAACAGAGACUGGAAAUAGAAGAGAGAAACGUGCAGAUCACUUGUCUUCAGGUGGCUGAGCAGGAGCUGCAGUCCAGCCGUGCUGCACUUGUGGCUGAAAAUGAUCAGCUGAAACAAGAUGUUGACCGGUUGCUGGUGCUGUCUGCUGAGAACUGUGCUACAAUACAGAAAUUGCAAGAUGAAUUGAUGCAAAAAUCUGAGGAAUUUGUCUGCUGUCAGAAGGAGCUAAAAGCCCAGCCAGCGGUGCAGGUCCCUGAGUUGAAGAAACAGGAUGAAACCAACUUACAGGAUAAAAUGAUAGAUCAGAAAGAGGAGGUUGGGACUUCACUUCUACCCACAGAAACCUUGGAAAGUCAAAAAUCUGAAGAGAUACUGCGCUCGCAACUUGUUCUCCUGGAGCCUCAGCAGGAAACUGUGGUUGUUGUAGAAAACUCAAAAGAGCAGACUCAGAAUGCUGGAUCUGAGGUGAAAUUGCAAGACUUCCAGACUUCGGAAUAUUCAGCCUCUUCUCUAGACUGCCUUUCUGCAUCUAGAGGUGUGUCGGGAGAGCCAGUGAAUUCUGAAGCGCCAAAGCCUAUGGAUGACGCUUUGCUCCCUGAGGCAAUAGAUGGAUUUAGAAGCAAGCAAUUUGAUGAAGAAAAUGGUCCAUCUGGAUUUGUGGAACAUCUUGCUGCACAGAAACAUAAAGAGCUGUCAGUUUUGCUGCUGAAACUGCAUGAAGCCCAGGAAGAAAUAGCAUUUCUGAAACAGCAGCUUAAGGGCCCAGAAAGCCAAACUCCCGCAGUUCUCCAAACAAAAGAAGAAAUUAACCAGCUGGAAGAUGGAUCACAGACUUUGUUUCUUGAGAGGGAAGAAGAAAAGUCUUCAGAUAUGCAAGGUGGGUUGGGCAAUAGCUCAUUAGAGACAGAAAAAGAAAUGCUACAAAUUCCUGCACUUCAGGACAACAGGACCAAUCUUCAAGAAGUUCCUCAGGGGAGCACUGUUCCCUGCAGAGGAGAAAUGGAGGUGAUGCAAGAAUUCCCUGCAGCAGAUUCAGAACCUGGCAAUUCUCAAUCUGAGGAGCUAGUAAGGCUGCAAAGCCAAAUUGUGGAACUGCAAACUCUUCUGCAGAAAUCCCAAGAAACCUAUAAAAAAGAUCUAGAAGAAAAAGUUGCAAAAAUAAAUUGGCUAAACCAGUUGGCAGAAGAAUACAGAAAAAAGAUAGAGGAUUCUGACAGUGAGUUUUGUGUUUUAGCUGAAGAAAAAGAUCAGCUCCUGUGUCAGAGGCAGGCGCUUUCUACCGUCACAGAACUGAAGGAUCAAGUGAAGGAACUGGAGAAAAAACUAGCUCUUUCAGAAAAGCAGAGGCUAUCAGACAGUCAGAUCAGUCUUCUGAGAGAACAAAUCCAGAGCCUUAAAAAUGAAUUUAAAUCCAAAGAGAUAAAAAUUGAAGCUUUGCAAAAAGACUUGGAUGAAGCACAACUUCGGCUUUCUGAGCAGGACAUUCAACUUAAAGUGCUGAGAAGCCAGAUCCAGAAGAAGGAAUGUGAAGUACUUGAUCUGGAAGAGCUUUUGAUGAAGAACACAGCUGAAAGAGAAGAGCUUUCCCAAAGCUUAGCUUCAAAGGGACUCCAAGCAGCGAGCCUGGAACAGUUUGUUGCCGAGAACAAGAGAUGUAUUGAGAGCCUGCAACAAACUUUGCUGGAGAAAGACCGACAGAUGACAGAGAUCAGUGACCGCAUGUCUGAGAAAAUGGUCCUGCUGAAUGAAGAGAAAUUUUCGUUAGGAAAUGAGCUAAAGAAUCUUAAAGAGCAAAUGAGUCUGUUAAAAGCCAAGGAGGAAAAAGACCAAAACAUAGGAGAUGCAAAAGAUGGACAUCUGAAAUAUGGGGAAUCUGAGCAGCAGUAUCAGGCACAGGUAGCAUGUGAGGAGAGAGAGGUGUUAGGAGGUAAACUUGAGCUUCUGAAAAAAGAAAAUGAGCAAGUCAAACGGAAGCUGCAAGCAGCACUUAUCAACAGGAAGGAGCUUCUGAAGAAGGUUAGCAAACUGGAAAAUGAAUUAGCACAAUUGAGACAAGAGCCUGAAUUGGAAACCUCAGUGACUCAAGAACCUGAAAGGGAAGAAAAUAUAACAGGCAGAGUAAGUGAGGAAGUGAAUCCUGAAAGUCAGCCCAGGGAGGCGAACCUGAUUCAGCUGCUUUCUGAAAAGGAAUCUGAGUUGCAGAGCAUCCAGGGAGACUUGCUGGAUAAAGAAACAAAUGAAGUCCAUUUACAGGCAGCGACUGAGGAAAUGAGGCCAAGCUUGCAAGCUAAAACAAGUGUUCGUGAUUCAAUGAAAGUUGAAGUUGUGGAAAGCUGGACAGUUGCUGGCAAACUACCUAAAACCAGUAAGAGCCUAAAAGAUCAUGAAGAAAAUGAAAAAGAUUGUUCAGUCGCUACAAAUUAUGAAGAAAAUCAGGAAGCUGCUCUAAAAGAGAGAAUUUCAACUCUUGAGCAAGAGAAAGAACAACUUCAAAAAAAACUUCAGGAGGCCCUGGCAUCUCGCAAAGACACUAUAAAAAAGGCUCAAGAAAAAGACAGACAUCACAGAGAACAGCUUAAACAGCAGAAAGAUGAUUACAACACCCUGCAAGAAGAGUUUGAUAAGCAAAGCAAAGAGAAGGAGAGCAUCCAAGCUCAGCUCAGACAGCUCCAAGAACAGAGAGAUUCAACAGAAAAUACACCUCGGGGGAGUGAAAAUUGGUUGGAUUCUUCACGCUUAGAAGGAGAAAACAGUACAGACAUCAAGUUUGCACAAGUUGUAGAUCUUCCUGGAGAAGACCUCAAGACAAAAGUUGAGAAACUGCAGACAAAGAAAGAAGAAUUGGAAUAUAAGGUCAGCCAUAUGGAAAGUGAACUUGCUUGCAAAUCAGAAUUAGUCUCUCAUUCACAAGAACAGGUAGCACAGUUGCUUCUGGAGAUAGGUGAGCUGAAGAGAACCUGUGAUGAAGCUCAAGCAAAGGCAGCAAACCUUCAGAUAGAAUUGGACAAAAGUCAAGCAGAAAUUUCUAUAAAAGGUAGUCUCGAAGACCUUAUGCACCAAAAAAAUGAAGAGGUUGCAUCUCUCAAGUUACAGCUAAGUGAGAAAAGUGAAGCUCUCGUUACUGUGCAGGCACAGCUUCUGGAAAAAGAAGAUACUGUCAAGUCGCUGUGUAGUCAGUUGGAAGCUCAAGCCCAGGUACAUGAGGAACAAAGCAAGCGAAUGCAAACUGAACUGCUUGAUGUUCAGCAAAAGCAAGAUGAUGGUGCAGAAGAAACUAAACAGAAGAAUCAAAUGCAGAGAAAGUUGCAGGCAGCACUUAUCUCUAGAAAAGAGGCACUAAAGGAGAGUAAAUCUCUAAAAGAGGAGCUAGCUAGUGCUGAAACAACUAUAGAAAGUCUUUCUGUCAAGUUGACAGACAUGGAAAGUCAAAUAUGUGGCUAUGUUAAGGAAAGAGAUGAUUUAACAGAAAAGUUAGUAGAUCUCAGAAAAGAGCGAGAAAAACUUAUUUCAGAAGUUGAUAAAGCACUUAUAGAAAAUCAGAAUCUUGAUGGAUGUUAUAAAAACCUGAAGCUGACUCUAGAAGCAGUUGCACAAGAGAAGGAGCAGCUGGAGAAGGAGAUGGAAUCACAGAAAUGCUCUCAGGCUGCUGAGAGUUCUGAGUGGCAAGAGAAAUAUGUGGAGCUUCAGAAAGAAUAUGAAACUCUCCUGCAGUCCUAUGAGAAUGUAAGUAACGAGGCUGAGCGAAUUCAGCGUGUUUUGGAAGCUGUUAGACAGGAAAAACAGGAAAUUUUCAUUAAGAUGAAAAGUGCUGAAGCGAAAAAAGAAGAAACAGAUAAACAGCUGCAGGAGGCUGAACAGGAGAUAGAUGGAAUGAAGGAAAAAAUGAGGAAAUUUGCAAAAUCAAAGCAGCAGAAGAUCUUAGAACUAGAGGAAGAGAAUGAGAAGCUCAGAGCAGAGAUAAAUUUUACAGAUGGAGACCUACGCAGGUCUGGAGAUGUAGCUUUCAUGACAAAUACUAGCCUGAAAGACGCUUUGGAGAGUUCUAGAAGAGAUUACCAGUCUCUUUCUACUCAGCUUGAGACAGUAAUGGCAGAAAAGGAAUCUCUUACUCUAGAGAUCAAAGACUUAAAGGAUCACUUGCAGUCCACAGAGUCUAGGCUAAAGGAAAGUAGACAAAUGGUAGACAAGUAUGUUGCCCAAAAGACAGCAGAGGAAAAAAAUCAGGCAGUUGCCACAACAUCGCCAGUAGGAGGGACUGAAAGUCAAGUGGACCUAAGUGUUAGUUUAGUGUCCUGUUCUGCAGAGUUGAAACAAAAAACACUUGACGAUAGCAGCCCACCUGAAAACCUUGAUCCCUACAAACAACAGAUAUCUGACCUCACAAGGCGAAUCACAGAACUGGAAGAGAACAGGAGAGCUUCAGAGCAAGAGCUCAGCAAUAUUCAUGUUAGUGUUGAAACUUUAGCAGAUGAGAAGAGGGCUUUAGAGACCCAAAUGGAAGUGAAGGUCCAUGAAUUGAAUGCCCUCCAGGACACAGUAGUGAAGAUGGAACAAGCACUAGAAAAAAGUAAAGAGGAGCUCAUGAGAAUGACAGAACAGAAGAAUGCCUUGGAAGCAGAGAAAGAUGACUUAGAAGAAAGGCUCAUGAAUCAGCUAGCAGAACUUAAUGGAAGUAUUGGAAACUACCAACAAGAUGCAGCAGACUUUCAGAUCAAAAAUGAGCAAUUGAAACAUGAGCUCCAGAGUCUGCAGAGAAUGAUGCAUGAACUGGAGGAAGAGAAAUGUCAGAUGGCAAAGGGGAAAAAUAAAACAAGUUCAGAGAAGCAAAAGGAAUCUAUUGAAAAGCUGAAAUGCGCUUGGAAGGGAGACAACAGCACACUUGUAAAGGAGCUUCAGGAACUGCUGAAACAGAAACAGCAGGAGAUCAAGCAGCUGCAGAAGGACUGUAUUAAAAGCCAGGAAAAGAUCAGUAGUCUAGAAAGAACUGUUAAAGCGCUGGAAUUUGUCCAAAGUGAGUCUCAGAAAGAGCUAGAAGCAGCCAAAGAGAAUUUAGCUAAAGCAGUUGAAGACACCAAGAAAGCCCAAGCAGAGCUUGCUUUCUCCAAAGUAGUGCUGGAUGACACUCAGAGUGAGGCAGCAAGAGUUUUAGCAGAGAACGUCAAAAUGAAAGAGGAGUUGCAAGCAAACAAAGAGAAUAUUAAAAUUCAAAUGAAGAAAAAGGACGAUGACUUUGAGAGAAGACUGGAACAGGAAAAAAACAAGCACUCAAAAGAAAUUAAAAACAUGGAAGAAAAGCUGUCAACUUGGCAGAAGGAGAAAGACUAUCUGGAAAAAAGUGUUCAUGAUGUUCAAGAUGCCUUGCAGACAAAGGACCAAGAAGCCAAACAAUUGGAAGGCAGCCUGACCAAAACAUUAGCUCAGCUGGCAGCGUUCACCAGGAGUAUGUCUUCCCUUCAGGACGAUAGGGAUAGAGUAAUAGAUGAAUCUAAAACAUGGGAGAAGAAAUUCACUGAGACUAUUCAAAAGAAAGAAGAAGAAAUACGUUUGAAAGAGGAGACUUGUGGUGUUCUAAAGGACCAGAUGAAGCAGAUGACCAUGCAUGUGGAAGAACUUCAAAUUCAUAUAUCCAGGCUGGAACGCAACAAGCAAGACUGUGAGUCUGAUUCCAAGAAGGAGAUCCAGCAUUAUCAGAAUACAUGUGAAAUGCUGCAGGAGGAGAAAAAAGAGCUUUCGACUCAGCUAGAGGAAUCUCAGAAACUGUACAAAGAGUCGCAGAAUGAACAGCAGAAACUGGAGUCAGAAAUCGGAACCCUGAGAGACCAACUUGCUGACUUACAGAAUUCCUUCACCAAAUGCGAAUUAGUCAGAGAAGAACUGGAGAAUAUGGUCAAGCAACAAGAGACUAGUAUCCAAAAUUUUAAAUUCAGCUGUGAACAGCUUACAGCUGAUCUGCAGGCUUCGAAGGAUCUAACAAACAAACUGCAUGAAGAAAUUAGUGCCAAGGACCAAAAGAUCAUUAGUUUACUGUCUGCGAAGGAAGAAGAAGUUAUGGCUGCCAUAUCUGAAUUACAGCAACAACAUUCUGAAGCCAUGAAAGAAUUGGAGCAGAGGCUAAAUAAGGAAGAAGAAGAUAAAAAAGCUUUGGAAAAUGAGAAGAAAAAAAUCCUGGACAAGGUUGAUCAUCUCACUGAAAAGAUGAAAAUAAAUAGAGAGGAAUGUAAGCAGCAAAAGGCACAAUUGGACUCCUUCACAAAGUCCAUGUCAUCCUUGCAAGAUGACAGAGAUCGUGUACUGAGAGACUACAAGCAACUUGAGGAACGGCAUCUCAUUAUAAUCCUAGAGAAAGACCAGCUAAUUCAAGAGGCUGCUUCUGAAAACAAUAAGCUCAAGGAAGAAAUCAGAAGUUUUCGUAGUCGCAUGGAUGACCUCCACUCGGAGAAUGCCAAGUUGGAUGCGGAGUUGGUACGGUACAGAGAAGAUCUGAACCAAGUGAUUUCAAUAAAGGACUCUCAGCAGAAACAGCUUCUUAAAACACAGCUUCAGCGUAUCCAAACACUGGAAAAGGAGAAGGCAGUUGUGGAAGCACAGCUGAAAGAGUCUGAGCAUACUCAGGACAAUCUCAGGAAGUGCAUGGAAGUCUUGAAAGAAGAUAAAGCCAACAUAUCUCAAAAGGUUGAGACUCUUACAUCCUCUCUAUCUCAGGUACAGAGUGAGAUGACAGCAUUACGUGAGGGGGGUCCUAUUAUGGAGUGUCAAGCACAGCUGAAGGACCGAGAGGAGGAGGCACAAGAGCUGAGUCAUAAGCUUGCCCUCUCACAAAAAAGGAUAACAGAACUUGAGGGGGAGCUAGUACGUGUUCAAAAAGAUGCAGCCCGAAGGGUGGAAGAGGCUGAGGACAGGCUUAGAAAAGAGUUGAAGCAUCUACAUCAUGAUGCAGGGAUACUGAGGAAUGAAACAGAAACAGCAGAAGUGAGGGUAGCAGAGCUGGCACAAGACCUGAUGGAAAUGGAACAGAAAUUUCUUACAGUCACAGAGGAAAAUAAAGAUCUCAAGGCCCAAAUUCAGUCUUUUGGGAAGUCCAUGAGUUCUCUUCAGGAUAGCUGGGACCAGGCCAAUGAAGAGCUUCAAGUUUUGAAAAAGAAACGUUCUUCAGACUUAGAGGAACAUCAGAAUCUAGUGCAAAAUCUUCAGAAACAGAUAGUUCAACUACAGGAGGAGCAAAACUCUGUUGCCAGGGAUCGAGAUGCUGUAAGAGUUGAGCUGACAGAACUGCAGAAAGCUGCUGAUGAACAAGGUCUCUUGGCCAAGAUUGAGAAACUUAACCAGGAGCUCAGAGCUAAAGAUGAUGAGCUUCUCCAUUUGUCUUCAGAACUAGAAAGCUCUUCCAACCAAGUCAAAUCAUUCUCUAAGGCUAUAGUUAGCCUGCAGGACGAGAGAGACCGUCUGCUAAAUGAACUGGACAAAACUCGUAAAGUUGAAGACCUGAAGCAGCAAGCAGCAGGAAGCCCUUUCACUACUCCUUCAGAAGUGCAGAGUCUUAAGAAGGCCCUGUCCUCCUUGCAGAAUGACCGAGACAGAUUAGUGAGAGAGCUUAAGAAUCUACAGCAGCAAUAUAUACAAGUUGGUGUGGAAACAGCUGAAAAUUCUCGUUUAAAAGCUCAACUGCAGGAAUAUCAACAAGAGGCAGAUAAACAGCAUCAUCUCCAUGAACAGCUGAAGCGUGAAAGUAUUUUCUAUCAGCAAGAACUCCAACAGCUUAGACAAGAAAAGACUGCCUGGGAAAAACAGAAUAGCAGCAUGAAGGAGCAGUACCUGAUGGUCAUAGCUGAUAAAGACCAGCAGCUGAGCCAUUUACAAAAGAUAAUGCAAGAAAUGAGGCUGCCCCUCAGCAAAUCUCAGACUGUAGAGGAGCAGUACCAGAAGAAGAUUUCUCCAGAAGUUCUGAAAGGUGACUUUUCAAGUGUAGAAGCAGAGACAAAACUUCUUCAGGCCCAGCUAAGUGACACCUUGAAAGAGCUGCACCAGAAAGAGCUGAGGAUUCAGCAGCUAAACAGCAAGUUGUCUCAGGUCUUUGAGGAGAAAAAUGCCCUCUCCCUCCAACUGCGAGGUAGUAGCCGGAAUAUCAGUGAAGGCCAUCAGCACUACAAUGAGGUUCUGAACCGCUGCUUGCUGCUUGAGAGGCAGCUUCAGGAGCUACAACAGUCUCCAGACAAGAAGUUGUUUGCAACAGAUGCUGCUCCAGGAGCACCCCAAGAAAAGAGUGAGCCUCAGAGAGAGAGUUAUGCACCAGAACUACAGGAAUUGCAACUGAGGUUGUCUGAAACUGAACACUUACAUAGCAGCACAAAGCAGGAUCUGAGGUAUUUAGAAGAGCAACUGGAAGAAGAACAUGAGCGGCGUCUUGCUGCAGAGGAGGCUCUCUCUGCAGCCCAGGAUCAGAUCAGGAGGCUAGAGUCAAGUGAGUGGACACCUUCCUUAACUGCGAGCGUUGAUAUGACUCCAGGUCAAGAGCGUUCCUUGCUGAUUGACUCCAUGGAUAAUACUUCAAACAGAACUCGGCGUAUACCUGGACUGUGGCGCCUGUUACGAUCUCUCUUCCAUUCCCGAACCCACCUGCCUCUGCUAGUGGCCAUGUAUCUGUUUGUUCUUCAUGUCUUGCUCUUCUUAUGCUUUACGGGCCACCUGUAAAGCAUAAAACAGGAGCCCCGACCCUUUCUGAAGUCCCAGGGCUAGCAAGCCUAGCUGCAGGGUAGCUGCAAUCACCACUUCACCCUACUGCUGCCUUUUUGGGUUGCUGCAGUGCAUUUUAGGAACUUCAUGAUCCUCCCCUUCUUGAACUCUAUCGGUGAGCUGGCUUAGGGAAAUCCUGUAGCUAGUAUUAAGAAGGAUAAUCUUUUCUUCCUGAUGGUCCUUAGAUCUGCUGUGUGCCACCGUAGUGUUUAUAAUGUGUAUCUUAAUAACACUAUGGAGCCUUCAAGGAACAUGAAUGAAAUUUCAAGAUCCUAUUUCCUGCUCAGUUGCCCCUCUUGUCAAAGAAGGGCCAACUGUGUCUGUGUCUGGACCUGCUGAGCAUUCCAUUUAAAAACAUAUGUCUGCUCUGAUAAGCCUGUAAAAUAAUGUCAGUAAUUUAAUUAUUGAAAAAGAAAUAGGAACAAAACCAAAACUUUUUAAAAAUUUAUUUCCAAGUUAAUUACCUUACUGUUUUUAACAUUUAUGUACCUGUCCUUGAAGAGAGAAGAUGCUUACACACCUCUUGAAAAGAGAGGAGCUGUGCUGCUGUGUUCUGGUCCACUGAUUACUUGUCACAAGGUUAAACCUCUAUAGGUUAUGCUGAAGAGUGCCAUUAUGUGGCAUAUGGGCCCAAGUCAAAGGCAGAAGUCCCCCAAACAAUCUUUUCCUCCUAGGUUGUGAAUGGAGACAGAGUUCUGAGGCCUGUGUUAGCAUCUGUACUUCAGAAAAAGCCUGUUGUGGAAAUCUAGUCAGCUUUGGACUUGUGUGAAUCUAAAACAAGCUUAUGCAAGUGGACCUGAUCCUGUGUGUUACAUGGAAAGCUGUGUUUUUUUCUGAGGAUUUCUGAAAAUGUCCUGGAAGUGAGACAGUGCCUUCUUCCUGUGGGAGAAGGCUGAAUACAAAGAAGCUUGUUCCAGUCAAGUUUCUGGUCAGUGACCAAAUUGUCCUGUCCUCUGCUUGGAGCACUUACAAAAAGGCUUGUAUCUGCCUGUGGCUUCAGUAGCCACCCACAUUUUUCAAAGUGAAAGAGGUGGCUCUUUUGAUAUUUUUGCUAAACAAAGAUUCUCUAGUCCCUGAACAAAGCCUUUUAGUGGAUGGAUUGAUUUCAUUAUUGUCCUUAAACCAACUCUCUGGCAGGUCCAGAACACUGGCACUACAUACCCAUUUUUACACUGU